AUGGUUUUCGACGAAUACUUCUAUGUGAUUCUUCUGUUCUCAAUCAUCAUCGCAAUAUUUUGCCUCUACCAUCUCAUUUUGAAUCUAAUCGACUAUAUUUCAAUGAAAACUAGCCGAGAACAAGAUUAUUUUGCUGAAAAAACACCAGAAGAAAUUGAGGAAAUUCGAAAGAAUGAUGAAGAAGUUAAUCGAAGAUUGGAAGAAGUUUUGAGAAAAUCUGGGUUGCUUUGA